AUGAAGAAGGGCGCUGCGAAGCGACGACGUGACGACGAUGACGGAGACGUUUCGAUGACUGGAGAUGAUGAUGAUAGCAGAAAUGCGGCUGCCGUGAAGAUAGAUAUACCGAAAGGAAAGGAAAAAGACGCCGAAUUCUCCGCGCCAAAAGGCCAAAAACUAACGGAUCUCGACGAGGAAGGCGUUCAAUCCGCCAACAAUCCAGCCCCAUCCGAAGGCAAUGUCAUCGAGCAGACCCAUUACAUCGUCGUUCCAUCCUACGCUGCCUGGUUCGACUACAACGCUAUUCACCAGAUAGAGAAGCGCGCGAUGCCCGAGUUCUUCUGCGGAAAAAACAAGAGCAAGACUCCAGAUGUCUAUGUGGCGUAUCGUAACUUCAUGAUCGACACCUAUCGGCUGAAUCCGUUCGAGUAUGUGUCGGCGACGGCGUGUCGACGGAAUUUAGCCGGAGACGUUUGCUCGAUAGUCAGGCUGCACUCGUUUUUAGAGCAAUGGGGUCUUUUGAACUAUCAGGUUGAUUCGGAUGCGAGACCGGCGCCUGUCGCCCCUCCGCCGACCUCUCAUUUCAUGGUUUUGGCUGAUACACCAACUGGAAUUCAGCCAAUGAAUCCGCCACACGCCGCAGCCGCUGCUAAAGAAGAAUCUGCUGUUAAGGAGGAGAUUAAGACAGAGAUUGAGUCAAUUUCCGAGCCAGGACUCAAAACUGAUCAGUACCAAAAACAAGCGAUGGCUAUGAGAACCAAGGGUGCGAAUCCAGGACGUGACUGGACUGAUCAGGAGACGUGUCUCUUGCUAGAGGCCUUGGAAAUGUUCAAGGAUGACUGGAACAAAGUUUGCGAUCACGUUGGCACCCGCACCCAACACGAAUGCGUUCUCAAGUUCCUCCAACUUCCCAUCCAGGAUCCAUAUCUGACGGAUAAAGCUGGUGCUGGAGGUGCUGGGGCAGAUGAUGGCGCUCGCGAAGUCUUGGGACCUCUUGCCUUCCAGCCUAUCCCGUUCUCUCAAACUGGCAACCCAGUAAUGUCGACUGUGGCAUUCUUGGCAUCGGUGGUUGAUCCACAGGUCGCUGCCGCUGCUACCAAGGCUGCUUUGGAGGAGUUCUCGAAGUUGAAGGAGGAACUUCCACCAUUGGUUGCUGAGGCGCAUGAGAAGAAUGUGGCGGCGAUGGCGGAGAAGACUGGACAGGUUGAUGGAGCUGUUGGACUCACGAAGAGUGGUUUGAAGCCAGCUGACGAUGGAGAGGGGACUAGUGCAGAUUCCGAGGAGAAGAUGGACACCAGUGAGAAGCCAUCUGGAGACGUGCCAACUACGGAGCAAGCCAAGACUGCUAUCGAUAAAGGAGUUCAAGCGGCUGCUGCGUCUUGUCUAGCUGCCGCAGCUGUCAAGGCCAAACACUUGGCUCAAAUCGAGGAGCGUCGUAUCAAAUCGCUUGUCGCUCAGCUCGUGGAGACGCAGAUGAAGAAGUUGGAGAUGAAGCUUCGUCACUUUGACGAGUUGGAACAGAUAAUGGACAAGGAACGCGAGUCACUUGAGUACCAACGUCAUCAGCUGAUUCUGGAGCGUCAGGCGUUCCAUAUGGAUCAAUUGAAGUAUUUGGAGAAUCGUGCCAAGCACGAGGCGCAUACAAGAAUGACGAGCGCUGGAACUUUGCCAGCUGGAUUGCCACCUGGUUUCGAGGUGACUGGUCCACCACAGCCAACACCACAAGUGCAAGUCAGUGCCUCUGAAGCUGGACCAGAGAAAAUGGACACGUCGGAAGCUCGCGCGCCAUCCGCUGCUCCAACACAGCCAGCUCCACCACAACAACAGAUGCCACCACCACCACAGCAACAGCCUCCACAGCAGAUUCCACCACAGCAGCAAAUGCCACCACAAGCCCCUCCGCCACAACAGCAGAUUCCACCUCAACAGCCACCACAGGGAUAUCCAGGAGGUCCACCACAAGGAUACCCACAACCAGGUCAACAGCAGCCACCUCAAGGACAGGGAUACCCACCACCACAGUCUCGCUAUCAACAAGGACCACCACCACCACAGCAAGGAUAUCCAGGAUACCCGCCACCACAGGGACACUAUCCAGGACAGCCGGGACCGGGACAACCGUACUAUCCACAGCAAGGACAGCCACAAUAUCCUCAUCCGGGUGGCUAUCCACCACAACAGCGAGGACCGUAUCAGCAGCAACCGUAUCCAGGACCGCCACAGGGACGUGCACCAUACGGAUAUCCUCCACAGCAAGGUCAUCCAGGCUACCCACCACAACAAUACGGACAAAUGCCACCACCACCGCACGGCCAGUACCCACCACCACCACAACAACAGCAGGGCGGCCCAAUGGGACCACCACAUCAACCACCGUCACACGAGGAAGGAGGUCAAGGAGAGCAGAAGCAGGAUUAA